UAAAUGAUAAAAAUUUGGACGGGCAAUCAGUAACAGUGCUGUCAGGUUUACGAGUGCAUCAUUCUGUGUGACCUCAAUAGAAAUAUAACACUGAAGUGGAGACUUAGACAGAGCAACCUGAAAGGGAAACAACCUAGUGCUCUGUUGGGAACCCAAGGAAACAGCAUCAAGAUGGGUCUGCGUGGGAUUUCCUUCUCACUGCUGUUCCUGUUAUUGGCCGGCCUUCACGUUUUGGCAGUCAAGGACGAGAAACUCGACCCUCUGAAGCACAGGGAGGCCAGAGGCGACGUCGACCUUAGUGCACGGAGAGAGUAUUACAAGAAGAGGCUAAGAGACUUCAAUGGUUGUCCGCCACCGCAGCCUCCAGAUCCUGAGCAGGUCCUACCUACUGUACCGGACUCCUUCACGACGGACGUCGAAAUAUCCUUCCAAGAGAAGGAUCGGAGGAGAGUCAUUUACGGCCAGGAGAUGUAUGACGGCGUCAAGAAACGCGGCAUCCUCAACUAUCAGUUUGCUGAGCUGAUGGUUGAAGAUCGUCCCGAUAUGUUGGAUGAAAGCAUCCACUACAACAUUAAAAGAAAUGAAGCUCUGUUCGUCGUGGAGAAUGAUGGCUGCGCAUUGUCCGGACAGGAAGACUGUCAUAGUUCGAAGAACUGCAGUGCUGGUACCCUUGACGAUCUGUCGAAAGAACUCGAGAAUUUAUUUGGAGUCGUUGUCCAUGAGGGUCACUCUGGAUUCUACGGGGCCUCCUCCAUUCUGGAAUUUGGCCCGCAGUUCAACUAUACCAUGUCGAUGAGGGACAGUUGUCAUGGGCUGGAAUGCGACGUGUACCAGACCUGCAUAUAUAUUCCAGAGGAUAACGCUACCUUGCUCUACACGUAUUAUUGGUCGACAAAUGACUGGUACUUAGGAAACAACGACCAACAAGUCCCGAUCGCCGUCGAAAUAGCUGGCGACAAGAUCGAAGGCCAUACAGUAAAGGAGAUCAUGAUGAGAUACGACUUCUUCAGAUACGAGAGGGAGGUUAGGCCGUCAACGGACGAGUUAGAGCUCUCCCCAGAGGUCUACUGCUUCGGGCGCAAGACUGAACUUGAGCCUCCCAAAGCAGCCAAAAUAUUCUACAUGCAUUCGGAGAUCAUCACCGGAGCCGACAUUCCCCUACAUCCUGGGAAGAACGACUCAGAAUACAUGAGAUAUCGCGUCAUUUUCCCAAAAACAGAAUAUUACGACUACACGAUGCAGAUCACGAGGCAAGACUACAUUCCCUUCUUCGCCCAGGACAACGAGCGACGUUUUGAGAACCAGACUUCGCUUGUGCACGACUUCAACCAGGGCCUAGCAUACGUCAUCCAGCCCAGACAAAGGACGUGCGAGAUAAGAAAAAUCGAAAACGUUACCUUCGGUGAUGUUGUCGUCAACGAGGACGGCUCGAUUUUCAUGAGGAGUCCCUGGAGUUACGAAGACCUUGAUCAACCGCUGCAGUACAAUGGCAAUCACUGGAGUCGUGGGCUUGAUACCGAUGUCUGGGUUGGACUUAAAAAGACAGAAACGGAUCUGGAGACUUAUGUGUGGUACUUUGCAUCACCACUAACACAUGAAAUUGUAGGGGAGGCAAAUAUUGAAGGCGAGAGGGACGUUAAUAUUAAAAUUCCAACGGUUGAUCAUGUUCCUGUUAAAUUUGAGAAGUAUUUAACAUACGUUCCUAACUUCUUACCUCUCACAUACAAUAUCUACAACUUCGAAUCGGAGGUUCCGCACGUUCACAUCCACGACAUUGGGCUUUGCUACACGGCUGAUCAUAUGAAGGACCUGAGCUUCAGCAUGCCUGCCAAUACUCUUAAUCAGACCAAGUACAUGCUAGAGAACUUGAAGUACGGGCUUGUGUCAGCCCUCUCGAAAGUGGGAGUCGUUUCGCCACUGCGGAUCAAUCGUUUAGAGGUCGGGGAAGUCCCAGGUGCCGUGCAGGUGAACUUCACCCUCCUGGAGAAACCGGAUUUGAUCGGUGACGUGGAGAGCGCUGGCAUGGAGAACACACUCGACCAGGCUUACGAUGCCAUUAAGAGUACUCUCGACCAGUCACAGCUGAUCGUGGAAGUCAACAUUGGAAAGUUAACUGGAAAGCCUGAUAUCGUCAAGUUAGUGGCUUUGCCUAAUACAAUGAAGAAUAUUCAGCGAGACGACGAUAUCGUUUCUUCCACGGAUGUCUAUGUCGGUUAUUCGCCAGGAGACAUGGCAGCGAUGGGCAUUUCAAUGGCAGUCAUCGGGGCGUUCCUCGGAGUGGUGGGCAUGAAGCGAGCGGAUCCGUCCUAAACUUCCCAUCUGGAGGAGUUGAGGCUUGCGAUGAAUUUAUUCCAGAUUGGAACGACGAUCAACCACAACAAAAAAUAAAUAAUUAAAUAAAUAAAAAAAAAAAAAAAA